AUGUCAAAACUUUUUUCCCUCACCCUUCUCGCUAUUUUGUGCUACGUGGCAUUCACUCAUUUCACCGACAAAGACGCUCACAAACUUUACAAACUGCUAUCUAAAGCCCGCUCAACUCACGACCUCCGCCAAGUUCUUCGUGAGCCUUUGAUUUCUGUAGAUUGCUCUGGAAACAGCACAACGUUAAAUGGACCCGAAUUUGAAAACACUCUGAAUGCAAUAAUUCUUGGAAAACGUCCGGAACGUGGACUUAAAAUUGAGGAAUUCAAUUCGAUUGACAAUAAUGGAUUCGAAUUCAGAAUUGCGAAAAUAAUCGAAGAGGAGAGUGGGACCUUGACAUUUGAUAAGGCCACAUAUUUUGCGGCGAUGGAAAAUGAUACAUUGAAAAUUUGGAAGGGAAUUAUGAUUUGUGAUAAAUCCACGGGGCAAUUUUAA